UCCAGGCGGCGCUGAUGGAGCCGUGCUCUCAGCUGUUUGAAUCAUCUCAGACAGUUUAUCAAGGCAGUUUAAAAAGAAAAACAAAGAAGUGCAUCUGCAUCACAAUGACAAGCGCUUCAGUCUGAGGAGAAGGCAGGCCACCAGAUGUUUGAGAGGUCUGUCGUCCACCAAAGGCUAUGCUGGGGAGCUCUCUACCUGCUGGCGGCAGGCGUGGCGUUAACAUCUGAAUCCCGCUGGCUGUGCCCACCGUCCUGCCGCUGCAAUGCCGCGCUGCUGGAGGCCAGCUGCUCCAGCGGUCAACUCCCGUCCGUACCCGAUGAUCUCCCGCAAGAGGCGAAGCUACUUAACUUGACCAACAAUACGAUCAAGACUCUGGAGCGUCGGCAGUUCCACACGUCAACACAGCUGCUGGACUUGGAUCUGAGUGACAAUCUGUUGGCAAUCCUCGAAGCUGAAGCCUUUCUCGGCCUGCAGAGCCUGUUGAGGCUGCGUCUUAAUCACAACCGCCUGAAGAUUAUUCCAGUGGGAGCGUUCGCCGGUUUGGCAAACCUGCAGUUGUUGGAUAUAAGCAGCAAUCAGAUCCUAGUUUUUCUAGACUUCACUUUCAGUGACUUGGCGAGCCUCCAGUUUCUUAAAGCAACUGAGAACGACUUAGUUUUUAUCUCUCGUCAGGCUUUUACUGGACUGGGCAGCCUGCAGGAGCUGUACCUGGAUGGCGGGAACCUGACCGCUGUGCCGACAGAGGCCCUCGCACAGCUGAGGGUGCUGAGACGGCUGCAUUGUUACCGACUGGGCCUCAACACGCUGCCGAACUACUCCUACCGCCCCCUGGUGCACCUUAAAGAACUGGUCAUUUCUCAUUGCCUCUGGCUUGAGGCGCUGUCAGGAAACAGCCUCUUUGGUCUAAAUCUCACAUCUCUAAGCAUCACGCACUGCAACCUGAGCGCUGUGCCCUACAUCCCUUUACAUCAUCUCGUAUAUCUCGUAUACCUUGAUCUCUCUUUCAACCCUAUCACCUACAUUCACGGGAACCUUCUGGGAGACCUUCUCCGGCUCCAGGAGCUGCAUCUCAUCGGGGGCUCGUUGCUCCGGAUUGAGCUUGGAGCGUUCGGGGGAUUGGUGCAUUUCAGAUCGCUGAAUGUGUCCGGAAACCUUCUCACCACACUGGAGGGAGGAGCCUUCCAUUCAGUGGACGCCCUGAAAACUCUCGGGCUCGAUAACAAUCCGCUGGCGUGUGACUGCCGUUUGCUCUGGAUGGUGCGAAGGCAGCCGUACGUGGACUUCGGCGGACGCCGGCCGACUUGUGCUACCUCGGUUCAGCUGCAGAGCUGGGACUUCCUGGAGUUCUCCCGGGACGAGCUCCAGACUCUGCUCACCUGUCGACAGCCCCGAAUCCUAAACCGCAAACCUCAAGAAGUGCGGGUGGACCAGGGACACACGGUGGAGUUCCACUGCAGUGCGGACGGUGAUCCCGUGCCUUCCGUCAGCUGGCUCAACCCGCAGCUCAGACUUUUAUCGCCCGAUGGCAGAAUACGAGCUCUCUCCAACGGCACGCUGGAGGUUCGUUACGCUCAGCCUCAAGACAGCGGUACUUACCUGUGCGUGGCGUUGAACGCAGCGGGAAACGACAGCCUGACAGUCAGCCUUCUUGUCCGAGCAUUCACCUCCACAUCAAGGACCCCCUUCCGUCUCAAAGGCUGGCCCGUGCUACCGUCGUCCCCUCCGGACAGGGCCGCCAACGAAAAGCUCCCGUUCGAUGUCAAGACUCUGCUGAUCGCAGCAACCAUUGGCUUCUUCUCAUUUUUCAGCUCUGUGAGCUUGUGUUUUGUUUUCAUGUUGUUUUGGAGUAAGAGCAAAGGCCAAAUUAAACACACAGCCACCAUCGCAUACGUGCCCCGAAGCGCCGUGUCGAAUGGAGGGACCAGCAACAGGCAGGAGACGAGCCGGUUCACCAUGAAACUCAUAUGAGUGAACUGAUAACACUCAUAUUUUCUCUCGAUAUGACUGCACUCAAGGCUUAUUUUCAUUUCACUACAUGGACUGAAAUGAUUGCAUUUUAUUGUUUAUUGCUCUUUCAGAUUAUGUUUUAUAAGGUUUGAAAAUAUUUGCAUGUUCUGUAACAUUAAGUUAAAUCAAGCAGAAGACAAAGAACGAUUAACGUUUGCCCAAAAUGAGAUUGUAAGUAAUGUAAACCGUUGCAAUUGUCGUUAAACACAAAAACUGCACUGUAGGAUGUAAAACAGACAAGUGAUUGUAUUUAAUGCAUGUGAAUGUGGAAAAGUAAGAUUCUUAGUUGAUAAUGUAUUACUUAUAAUUACUUAUUUGCUGUCACGAAUCUUCUAAUUUGCUUUUAUUUGUUUUCUAAAAAGCAAGCCACCUUAUAUUGUAUUAUAUUAACAUGUUAUUUCUUAAUCCGACUUUACUUUUUUGGUGGUAUUUUCAUA